AUGGUCAACAGUCAUCUCACCGUCCUUGAAUCGAGUUCGCAAAGGUACUCAUCAUCCACCCUCUUCCGAACACCCCAAUUGGAUUCUACUGGACGCGUUGAGCAAUGGCGGUCAACAUCGUAUCAACAAUUUCAUAGCGACGUCGAUCUCUUCGCUCGUCACUGGUCGAGGGUGCUGAAGAACGAUCGGAUACCACCGCGGUCAGUAGUCGGAAUAUGGUUCGGUGGAUUCACGUACACCGAUGUACUCCACAUCUACGGCAUUUCGAGAGCGGGGUACAUUCCCCAACUCUUCAGUCUACGGCUCCCCAACCCUGUCAUCAUCUAUGAGCUACUUCAUAGAGCUGGAGCCCAGGCUCUCGUCUACGACACUUCCUUCCAGUCGAUUCUGAACGACUGCCCCCUCCCAACCCAUUGCGCACUGCAAUCAGAGCGUAUCGACGAGGUUCUGGAGCCCCUCCCAAAUAUUUGGGACAUUCGCGAGGACGAUGUCGCGUUUAUCUUCCACACUAGUGGUUCCACCUCCGGAAGCCCGAAGCUUGUGCCAAUGUCCUAUCGAUGGCUCAAUUCCAUGGCAGUUAAAUCGCACCAUAUCAGCAUGCCGCAGGAUCCAGACCGGCAAGACGUGACGGUAUGGAUGGGAAGCAUGUGCCACAUAGCGCAGACAUUCAUGUUCGUUGGAACUCUUCAACACGGGUCGUGUGUGAUACAACCCACCACUAUUAGCUUCUCGUCCGAGGAGCUGAUAGACAUGAUUGUCCGAUGUGGACUUAACCGCCUUAACCAAUUCGCGUCAUUCUUGAUGAAUCACUUCAGGAAUGCACGACAGGACGCUAAACUCCUUUCGAUUCUCAAGACCUUGGACGACGUCCUCUAUUCCGGUUUGCCCCUUCCCCAUGAAGACGAGCAGUGGGCUCUUAAGAGCGGGAUAAGGCUUAGGAAUUUGUUCGGCAGCACGGAAGUCGGUGGGAUGCUACUCUCUGGCGAACACGAAAAGAACCGGGCGCUUCUCCGUCCUGUUCCUGGAACAUCCUAUCGUUUCGACCCAAUAAUUUCCGAUGAAGAGGGAGUUCACCAGUCUAACGCGACUUUGUACGAGCUCGUCAUCCUCUCCGACUCUCCCGAUUGCCCCGACGUUUCUCUUCGCCAAGCCGAUGGCCACUUCCAUACCGGCGAUCUCUUCCAACAAGUCCUGGAGGGGUGGUGGAUUUCCCGAGGACGCGACGACGACUGGAUCAAGUCGGAAACCAGUCUACGAUGCGACACCAAGGCCAUCGAAGAGAACGCCCGUACGAUGUGCGGCAGCCUCAUCGCCGAGUGCAUCGUGGUUGGGAACGCGCGUCCGUCGCCGGUUAUGUUUAUCGAGCCCGCGACCGACAUGGACCACGUCAAGCUCAAGAAGGAGAUCAUAAGAAAAACCCGACACUUCCAUUCUAGACGCUAUCUCCACGAACGCAUAACCUCCCCUGACAUGAUCAUGGUUGUCCAGCGUGGCACACUCCCCCGGACCGCCACGAAGGGUAAUAUCCGUCGCAAGGCCGUCGAAGAGGCAUUCAAAACCGAAAUCGACCAAAUUUUCAACCGCGUGCGGUGA